AACAAAUUGACAUGAGAACUUCAUGAAGAACACUGGAAAAAACGAAAUGAAUGUCUUACAGCUGCUGUAUUAUGAUGCGAAUUUGUUACCGAGAGUAAAGCCAGCACAGCCACAUAUGUUGUUAGGAGAUACGUCGAUACUUCGGAAGCAAAACAUUGUUUCAAAGCGGUGUAGGUAGCCAAGGGAGCUAUUAGCACAGUGGCUUAGCAGGAGCAGAAAGCUCAUGCUAACGUUUACCGAUUGCUGCAUUUGUGGUUGGGUAGGCAUAGCUUAGAGGCUACUUCAACCAUUUGAACGAGACAAGUGGAAUCUGCUAGCAGCUUCGUCAAAAGAAACAGUUAUGAUUCAUGAAUGUGCAGUUGAUGGCUGUCCGAACAAAUCGGACACAAUUAUUCACUACACAUUACCAGAGGAGCCAACCAGACGUCAAAAGUGGAUAGAAUUUCUGCAAAGGAGCAGAAAAAUAGACCCCUCUUGUGUUAACACUAGGAUUUGCGGUAGUCAUUUCACAGAAGACAGCUUUACUAAAUUGAACUUGGGAUUCACAACACGGUUGAUACUGAACGUAAAUGCUGUUCCUUGUAUUUAUCCAGAUGCCCUGACUACACAACCAAAACAGAUCAAGGCGAAUGAGACACACUCUACAGAUAGUGCCAAUGAAGUAGAAAGUGGCAUCAUUGUCAGCGACGCUAUUUCUUUGGCUUGUGUGAAAGAGGAGCCACUGCAGGAGGAGCUGAGUUGUGAUGCUGUGAGGGCCAUUAAGGUGGAACCAUUGGAAGACCUGGCAUAUGGAGAUUCAUCCUCCCACCAACACACUGAUGAGGAAAUGUUUGAACAUGAUGGCACUAUUUUAAAAAUAGAAGUUUGUGAAGAUCCCAUCAGUAUUGAUGAUGGUAAACCAUUUCACUGUACACACUGUGGGGAGGGUUUUCUAAACAAGGGGGCACUAAAACAUCAUGAAAUAAGACACGCCUUGUCUCCUCCAUCUUCAGGGUCCCACCUCUGUAAGCACUGUGGAAAGGUCUUUGCCCACAAAGCAUUUUUAAAAGCCCAUCUAAAAAUCCAUGCUAGUAUGGAGUCACAAAUGUCAUUUGCCUGCAGUAAAUGCACGAGGAGAUUUCGCAACCAGUCAAGUCUCAAUAAACAUAUGCAUAAUCAUUUGACAAGGUUAAAAUAUCCAUGUCCGGUGUGUGGGGUAGACUUUGAAUUGAAAGGUAGUCUUCACCUCCACAUAAAGAUGCAUCCAGGAGAGAGGUUUAGCUGCAAGUUUUGCGAUCAAAGAUUUUUAAAAUUUGAUACCUACCUGCGGCACGUGGAUCGCCACACGGUGGUCACCCCGUACUAUUGUGAGAUAUGCAAAAUCUACCAGCUGACCGAGAGAGGCUUCCUGCUCCACCAGAAAAGGCAUGCCCACAAAGACUUUGUGAAGGCCAUGGUUGAAAAUGGCAAGUUGAGUAAGAAGGGGACAAUUCCAUCCUCCUAUCUCGACUCACUACCUCAGCACCAUGGAGCCGAAGGGAAAAUGGUGGGCAACUCACUGCUGUUAGAUACUAAAUGGCCUCUACAGUCAUCAGACAACACUGAAACAGAACCUUUAGUUCAGUCUAGUGAGUGUCCAUCACCUGCAAGACCGUGUGAGACUGAAAUGAAAAUAUAAAAUGCCUGAUGCUUGAGUCGUUCUUCACAAUAACACUCUUUUUAGAAAUUUUUUUUAAAAUGUACAGACAUUUUUUAAAUGAUCAAAGAAGGCACAGAGCUUCAAGAAUAGGUUAAAUAUUUAGAGAGUUUAGAGCAUGUUUCAUAUUGGGACUUUCAUAAUAUGUUUGUAUAAAGUAGUACUGUUUGAGCCCUUAAACCUGUAUCUUGGCUUGUAAAAAUAAUGUUUUAUCCUGUCUGUCAAAGAAUGUAUAGUCAGUGUUGUUUUGAAUAUGGAUUGGCUGUAAUGUAACAGAGACCAGGCUUUAGAUCCAUGCGCUCAGAGCAGCAACCAUUUGUUCUGUAUGCCAAGCAGCAAACAGCAGUUUUUUCAAGACAAUAAUGUGAAGUUUUGUAUUGUCACAACAAUACAUUCUUCUUCAUGUAAUAAACAAUACGUUAUUAAGUUAUUAUCUUAACAUAUUUGUACAUGACAUGGAACAGAGUACUGCAGUGGCAUUUUAAGACACCAUUUGGUGUUCGUCAGUGCAAUAAUUAUCACACAGCAUGGAUAAUGAGUGGACAAUGAGCUGCAGCGAUGUGCCCUGGAUCUUGUUUUGUCCUUUUUAUAAGCACUGUAUUUUGUAUUCACUGUGUUCCAUCUUGUAAUUAUUCAAUGUAUUCAAGAAACUAUAAGCAGUGAAAUGGAUUAAAAUGGUAGACUAAACUGAGAUGUUGUGUUUAUAGUUCAUAGGUCAACUCUUUUGCAUGCAUGUCGCACAUUAUGGAGCUGUACAAUAGUUGCAGCUAUUAAUUAGAGUUAUGAGCAUCUUUUCGCCCUUCAUUUCAGCCUGAUAUGUAAACAUGCUUUCAUUUUUCCGCUAGUAAUGUUUUGUCUAGAAAAGAAAUAGCAAUUAUGUACAUAAAUCAUACAA